AAGUUUGCUUCUCUCGAGCUUGUUCAGGCGGCAGUCGGCUGCAGAAUAUUAGUUUUGAGUUGGCUAUCAACGCGAGCGGGUCAUUCUUUUUGCAAGCGUGAAUCUCUUCAUGAGUAGUUAAAAAACUUAACGAGGAUCAAAUUGCGGGCAGCAAUUUUAAUUAAAACAUAUUUAUAGCGCUUAGAUAAAAAUAAAAAAAAUAUAAAAUGAUGAUGGAGAACGGACUCUCCAUGGAAUAUGGAGAUGGCUAUAUGGAGCAAGAAGAAGAAUGGGAGCGUGAGGGGCUAUUAGAUCCUGCCUGGGAAAAACAACAGAAGAAGACAUUUACCGCAUGGUGCAACAGUCAUCUACGAAAAGCUGGAACUGGAAUUGACAAUAUUGAAGAAGAUUUCCGCAAUGGUCUUAAACUUAUGUUGUUAUUAGAAGUUAUUUCUGGUGAAACUUUACCAAAACCCGAUCGUGGCAAGAUGCGUUUUCAUAAAAUCGCAAAUGUCAACAAAGCAUUGGAUUUUAUUGCCUCAAAGGGUGUUCAUUUGGUGUCGAUUGGUGCUGAAGAAAUAGUUGAUGGCAAUUUAAAGAUGACACUUGGAAUGAUUUGGACAAUUAUUUUACGCUUUGCUAUACAGGAUAUCUCUGUAGAAGAAAUGACUGCGAAGGAAGGCUUAUUGCUAUGGUGCCAACGCAAAACUGCCCCUUAUAAAAAUGUCAACGUUCAAAAUUUCCAUCUAUCAUUCAAGGAUGGCUUAGCUUUCUGUGCUUUAAUUCAUCGCCACAGACCAGACUUGAUUGAUUAUUCCAAACUCUCUAAAGACAAUCCAUUGGAGAAUCUUAACACUGCCUUCGAUGUUGCUGAAAAAUAUUUAGAUAUUCCUAGGAUGUUGGAUCCUGACGAUUUAAUCAACACUCCAAAACCGGAUGAACGAGCUAUCAUGACGUAUGUUUCCUGCUAUUAUCACGCUUUCCAGGGAGCCCAACAGGUUGGAAAUGUGACGCAUGUACCCGAACCCACAAGACAAUACACCUACGUCCCGAAUUACAAUGCUGAAACUGCGGCGAACCGUAUUUGUAAAGUUUUAAAGGUAAACCAAGAAAAUGAGCGUCUUAUGGAAGAAUAUGAACGUCUGGCGAGUGAUCUUUUAGAGUGGAUACGCCGUACUAUGCCAUGGUUAAACUCCCGUCAGGCAGAUAAUUCACUAGCCGGUGUGCAGAAAAAACUCGAAGAGUACCGCACCUAUCGUCGCAAGCAUAAGCCACCACGUGUUGAACAAAAAGCUAAACUAGAAACAAAUUUUAAUACUUUACAAACUAAGUUACGACUUUCGAAUCGGCCGGCGUACCUGCCAACUGAAGGCAAAACUGUAGCUGAUAUUUCUAAUUCUUGGAAAGGUUUGGAAUUGGCUGAAAAAGCAUUUGAAGAAUGGCUUUUAGCAGAAACAAUGCGUUUAGAACGUCUAGAGCAUUUGGCUCAAAAGUUUAAGCACAAGGCUGAUGCGCAUGAAGAUUGGACUCGUGGCAAGGAGGAAAUGUUACAAUCUCAAGAUUUCCGUCAAUGCAAGUUAAAUGAACUAAAGGCAUUGAAGAAGAAACAUGAAGCUUUUGAGUCUGACUUGGCUGCUCACCAAGAUCGUGUUGAACAAAUUGCUGCGAUAGCUCAAGAACUAAAUACUCUCGAAUAUCAUGACUGUGUAUCAGUCAAUACAAGAUGCCAACGAAUUUGUGAUCAGUGGGAUCGGUUAGGUGCACUGACACAACGUCGUCGUACUGCACUCGAUGAAGCAGAACGCAUUCUUGAAAAAAUUGAUAUUCUUCAUUUGGAGUUUGCUAAACGCGCUGCUCCAUUCAAUAACUGGUUAGAUGGCACAAGAGAAGAUCUUGUAGAUAUGUUCAUUGUUCAUACAAUGGAGGAAAUACAGGGAUUGAUUCAAGCUCAUGAUCAGUUUAAAGCUACUUUGGGCGAAGCUGAUAAAGAAUUUAAUCUUAUUGUGAAUCUGGUUCGUGAAGUUGAAUCCAUUGUUAAACAACAUCAAAUUCCUGGGGGCUUGGAGAAUCCCUAUACUACAUUAACCGCUAAUGACAUGACCCGCAAAUGGAGCGACGUGCGCCAAUUAGUGCCACAACGUGACCAAACUUUGGCAAAUGAGUUACGUAAACAGCAAAACAAUGAAAUGCUUCGUAGACAAUUUGCUGAAAAAGCAAAUACUGUUGGUCCAUGGAUUGAAAGGCAAAUGGACGCUGUAACAGCCAUUGGAAUGGGUUUGCAAGGUUCUCUUGAAGAUCAACUACAUCGCCUUAAAGAAUACGAACAAGCUGUAUAUGCAUACAAACCAAACAUCGAGGAAUUAGAAAAGAUACAUCAAGCUGUUCAAGAAUCGAUGGUUUUCGAAAAUCGUUACACUAACUAUACGAUGGAAACAUUGCGCGUUGGUUGGGAACAAUUAUUAACUUCAAUUAAUCGUAAUAUUAAUGAAGUUGAAAAUCAAAUUCUGACUCGUGAUUCAAAGGGCAUAAGUCAGGAACAAUUAAAUGAAUUCCGUUCAAGUUUUAAUCACUUUGAUAAAAACCGUACGGGAAGGCUGUCGCCUGAAGAAUUCAAAUCAUGUCUUGUUUCAUUGGGUUAUUCAAUUGGUAAAGACCGACAAGGUGAAAUGGAUUUCCAACGUAUUUUAGCUGUAGUUGAUCCAAACUCAACUGGCUAUGUUCAUUUUGAUGCUUUUCUCGAUUUUAUGACACGUGAAAGUACAGACACUGACACAGCUGAACAAGUAAUUGACUCUUUUAGAAUUUUGGCUGCAGAUAAGCCAUACAUUUUACCUGAUGAGCUUCGUCGCGAAUUACCACCAGACCAGGCCGAAUACUGCAUACAAAGAAUGCCACCAUAUAAAGGACCAAAUGGAGUGCCUGGAGCUUUAGACUAUAUGUCGUUUAGUACAGCUUUAUAUGGUGAAACCGAUUUGUAAUUUUUUGUGCCAUACAUAAUUAACAUAUCUCCCUUCCUAAUCGAAAAGUAAUAUUACAUGUCCUAACAACUUGGAAUAAUGAUCAAAUGAUCAAUUUUUAAAUAUUUUAUAAAAAUUUUUCGAAACUAAAUUCGUAUCAGAUUUUACUAACAAAAUUAAAUAUUGUUUUUUACCGUAAUUGAGAAAUUAUCGUUGUCCUACUUUACUAAAGUGACAAUUUAAUUUGAAACUUUGCAAAUCAAAUUUUUCAAAAUUAAUUUUCUCAAAGGUUAUGGUGUAAAAAACGACAAUUCAAUGUGUUUCUCUCAUAUAUACAGAAUUAUUUCUGUUUUUCUCUAAAGUCGCUGUUAGAAUCUACCUUACCAUUUCUAGAACCACCACAGAUAUUUCAUCUGAGAUGAAUUUAUAUUUAUUUUAUAAUUUAUUUAUUAUCAUUAUUUAUUAUCAUUAUUUUAAUUAUUGUAUGUUAAAUUUAAUUAAUUUAUUUCUUUUCAAUAAUUUCUUGUAUGUAUAUGUAACUGAUUUGUUCAAUACUAUUUACAUUUUAUAAAAUAAGUGAAGAGAACAAUGAAUAAUGAAAAAGGAAAUAAAUUUAAAUAUAUAAAUUUUUGAUUUAAAUGAAACGAAUUGAAAUAUAAAUGAUAUAUCACCAUUUAAAGCAACGCACUUUUGUAUAAUUUAACAAUUCUAUUCUAAUUUUAUCUAAAUUAUGCAUAAUAAACUAUUAUAA